AUGCAUAGACUUAUAAGUGCUAGAAGCUUAUAUCAGAGUUCUCUACAUGGCACUUCCGUUUUACCACCAAAUAAUUCUACGACUACAAUCACAACAUCGAAUAUCACAUGUUCCUUUUGUCGGAAAAUAUUAUUAGGCCGAAACUAUGCAGAAAACAUUUUUUCUGUACGACAUCAAUCUACAAAAACUGCAAGCAUAUUGAGGUCACAGAAAAAAAAAGCCAAACACAAAGGCUAUAAAAAGUAUGGCGAAGUUCUUGAAGUUGGUGACAAAGCGAUGACAGAAAUGCAAGUAUCUAUAAGUAAAUUACAUGCAGCUCACUUGUCUAAACUGGCUGCCAGUCCAGUAUCUCUAGGACAGCUCCACCAACUAACAACAAAACCUAAGAAACCAGUGAAUGUACAACUAGACACCGAAUUACUACAAAGAGUACGUGAAAAAAUCUUGAACAACUCUUCUGACAAUAUUAAAUUGGUUUCACUGGAAGAUGAUAAAUGUGCUUUGAUAUAUACCCAUCAUAAAAUCACUAAUUUAGAAGAGAAAUUCAAAAAGAGACAGUUCAUUGACAUGGUGAAGGAUAGUUACCGUAACUUUAGGAAAGCCACAUUAUAUGAUCAACGUUUAAGUGAUUUGAGCUACGCAAUCAACGAAGGUGUUGUUCAGGAAUUCCAGAUGAAAAGUGAAAUUGGAAAUGAUAUAAAAAGUCCACAUGCAGCAUUCAAAGAAUUUUUUGUAGAUAACCACUUAGACAGAUAUGACCACCACUUAAUGUCACAAAUCACUAGUUUACAUGGACAAGACUUACAUCCUGCUUUAGAAGAUUUGUAUGAUGAAGGUCCCUUACAUAGCGAUGGAGAAAUCAAAGAGUGUUUUGAGCUUGAUCAUUUGGGUCCCACAAAAGCCAAGCCUUUGAAUGUUAAAGCCGCGACAAAAGCUAUUAAGGAAAAAAAGAAAGCCAGCCGUGAAAAACGUAGAGCUUUGAAAGAAUCAAACAUGAAACAAGAUAUAAAGCAGUUGGAGCAACGAGGGAAGCAAGAAGCAUUUCAGAAACUUUUUAUUUCACAUCUGCAGCUGUUAUGUUCACUGCACAUGACAAAUGAGGGCCGACGAGUAUUAUUACACUAUAGGCGUAAAAGCACCAAACCGAAUCAACCAAAAGUGACAGAUGUUAAGAUAUAUAACACCUUAUUACAUGGAUAUGCAAAAAUGGGAAUGCUUGAAGACGUAAAAGAAUUGCUUUCAUAUAUGACAAAGGAUAACAUCCAACCUGACGCGCAGACAUUUGCGGCAGUCUUCGAAUGCAUAGAGCGGAGUGCCAAUGACAAUAAGAGUACAUUGCUUCACUUCUAUCACAAUAGAAUGCAAGAGACGGGCAUAUCUUUGAACGAUCUCAUGGACAAAACUACAUUUCAACAUGAUGAACAUGAAACUGUACUCAGCGCGAUACAGCGAAUACAACCGGGAUUCCAGCCGCAAUACACGCCUCCAAUACUAGACUACGAAUGUACAUUACUUGAGAAACUCAAACUAAGCAAUGUUGAAAAUAGAUUAGGCUUAUUAAAAUCACCGUCAGAAGGAUUGCUGACGCGUGAAGAUAUGCUACAGAAAGUCAAAGAGCAAAUACAGGUAGAACUGAAAGGAGAAAUCGAAGUAGAGAAUAUCAACGUCAAAGAUGUCGAGUCAAAGACUGUUCAAUUUUGUCGUGAGAAGCUACAAGAGAUCGAAAACGAGUGGCGGGUUGUUAUUAAAGAAGCUUUUGUUCGCAAUAUUGGAACCUUGAAAUCACAGAGUAAGGCUUCACAUUCAGCUAUUUCUCUGUACCCUUAUCUGAAAGUGUUGGAGGUGGAUCAAUUCGUAGAACUGGUUAUGUCUGAAAUAAGUAAAUUGGUUGACGGGAGCGAAACGUACAGUCCCACACUGAAAGUUUUACAGCGCGAGUUGGGUACUCUAGUAUAUCAAAAGUAUCAAAUAGAACAAUACAGUAGAAACGGUGUCCUGCAAAAAAUACAGCAAAUAUACGAGAAAUAUUGCGACUGGUAUGUGAACAGACAUUCUGUGGACGACUCGGGUCUUCCUUACAACGGUCGCCAAGUGUGGCAGGCUUUAUUACACAAGUACAGGGGAGGACCUAGUUUAGAUAUGGCAGAAACACCGUGGCCGAUGGAAAUAAGACAAAACAUAGGAAAGUUCCUGUAUAAUAUUAUUAUAAAUGAUGUAAAAAUUGAUGUGAACUUGUUCAAAGCCAAAGCAAACGUCAAGAAGCUGCCAGCGGUGUACAAGGUGCACCGGCCGUGGGGUCGCGCUGUGCGGCUGGAGUUGAAGCCGCACCCCGCGCUGUGCCGCGUGUGGGAGGGCGCGGCCCGGCCCGGCCUGCGCCUGCGCGCCGCGCUCGUGCCCGCCGCCGCGCCGCCCGCGCCCUGGGCCGCGCCCGACGCCGGCGCCUACCUGCUCACCAGGACCUCGCUCAUCAGGAUGCCUCAUUAUAUAAUGAAUCAAUGGAAACGCAUCGAGGAAGCUCCUAAGCAAUCCCUGUACCCUGUGUUGGACAGCCUCAAUCAACUCGGAGAAGUGCCCUGGGUUAUCAACACAAGGAUACUCGACUUACAGCUGCAAAUAUUUAGGUCCGGCGGCAAUAAGAAGCUGGACAUACCUCCGCCGGCGUCGUCCCUGGACACGUCGCAGUUCCAAGACCAAGGGGCGGACAGCAUGAGCGCUUUCAAGCGGCGGCUCACGAUCAACCGGGCGCGGGCCGAGAUGCACUCGCUGUGGUGCGACAUGCUCUACAAGCUCUCGCUUGCCAACUAUUUUAGAGAGCGCACGUUUUGGUUGCCGCACAACAUGGACUUCCGCGGGCGCGUGUACGCGUGCGGCCCGCACGUGUCCGUGCUGGGCGCCGACGCGCAGCGCGCCCUGCUGCGGUUCGCGCAGCCGCGCCCGCUGGGACCGGACGGCCUCAGGUGGCUGAAGCUCCACGCCGUCAACCUCACGGGCGCGCUGAAGAAGAGCACCAUACAACAGAGAUUGGAAUACGCAGAAAGUAUAACGGACAUGUUUUUGGACUCUGCUGAUAAUCCGCUAGAGGGCAAAGGAUGGUGGACUAAAUCGGAGGAGCCUUGGCAAACUCUCGCCUGCUGCAUAGAGAUAGCUAAUGCAGUUCGCUCACCUAAUCCUGAAGAGUACAUGUGCGGGUUCCCGGUGCAUCAGGACGGCUCGUGCAAUGGACUGCAGCACUACGCCGCGCUCGGGGGAGACGAGGCCGGUGCCGCCGCCGUCAACCUGGCGCCCGGGGACCGCCCGUGCGACGUGUACAGCGCCGUCGCGGCACUGGUGGAGGAGAUGAGGGCGCGCGACGCGGCGGCGGGCGUGGGGCCGGCGAUCAUACUCGAGAACUUCGUCCGUCGGAAGGUCAUCAAGCAAACCGUGAUGACGACUGUGUACGGCGUCACGAAAUUCGGCGCGAGACUGCAAAUCGCUAAGCAACUCAAAGACAUUGACGACUUCCCGAAGGAGCACGUGUGGGCGUGCUCGCAGUACCUCACGGCGAAGACGUUCGACAGCCUCCGGGAGAUGUUCACGUCCACCAAACAAAUACAAGACUGGUUUACUGACUGCGCCAAAGUGAUAUCGGGCGUAUGCGGCGAGAGCGUGGAGUGGGUGACGUCACUGGGCCUGCCCGUAGUGCAGCCCUACUACCGGCGCGCGCCGCCGCACCUGCACUACGCCGCGCCCGUCGACCAGCAACAACGUCCGUGCACGAUGAAGCAGCGCAACGCGUUCCCGCCGAACUUCAUCCACUCGCUGGACUCGACGCACAUGAUGCUGACGGGGCUGCACUGCGCGGCCGCCGGCCUCAGCUUCGUGUCGGUGCACGACUGCUUCUGGACGCACCCCGACACCGUCCACCGGAUGAACAAGAUAUGUCGGGAACAAUUCGUGGCGCUACAUUCUCAGCCUAUCUUAGAGGACUUGUCGAAUUUCCUUGUCCAAAGGUUCAGCUACCCUGAAACUGAGUUACAAGACGGCAACUCUGGCGCUUCUAACAAGAAACGAGUCAAUAAUUUGCUUCGAAAAGUACCCAGUAAAGGUAACUUCGACAUAAACAGUGUACUGGAUUCAGUAUAUUUCUUCAGCUAGAGAAGUGUAUCAGCGCGGCCUUACUUCGUGUUGAGAAAAGAAUUUUGUAAACGAUUGUGUGUCUAAUGGUCAGGUGCUUAUGAGCGAUUUCGGAAUAAACGCUAACGAUAUGACGUUUAAAUAGUCAUAAUAAUUGAGUGUCACGAAAAAAGCACGGACGCACGAUCCAAACUUUAUAAUAGACUGAUGUGAAUUGUUAAUGCCUUUGUAAGUUUUAUACAAAUGAUGCUGCCAUUUUAAAUAAGCGAAUGUAGAAUGUAAAUACGAGUUUACGAAAUGGUUUUUUUUAGUAUUAAACGUGUCUUGCAAGACAAACUCGUGUUGAUGAAACAAAAUUAACAAAAUGUAAAGUUAAAACUUGCAAUUUGUAAUUUUAAAAACGUCAUAAUAAUAAUAAGGGCUCCGCGUGUGUAGCAUGAAAAAUGGUUUUUGAUCCCAGUUUUUUUCAAAUUUUAGUUUAGCACAAAAAAAAUGUAUUAUCAAGUGUGAUUGAUACAUGGUCGUGUAGAAUUUGCUAAAUCUUUUAUAUUAAUGUUGCAAUUGCACAUACUGUAUUAUUGAAAUGACAAAUGUAAUACAUAUAAUUAUAAUGAAGUGUCAAAAAAUGUGUAAUAAAUACCUAUCAUAUAAAUAAAGUCGGAUCUACAAUAAUUUAAUUUGUCGGUAAAAUGUUAUUACACGGCGUUGCGUCUUCAUUUUGAAAGUAUUUUUCUAAGAUAUGUUGUACUGUCUAAGGUUGACCUACAGGGUGUGGUCCUCUAAGAUAUGUUGUACCUGUAAGGUUGACCUACAGGGUGUGGUCCCGAGUACAGCGGGCCCUAUUGUUCGGCCACACAAGCCUCGAAUUUACCCUUUCAACUUCUUUUAUGUGUGUGCAAAAACCGCCAUUAGAUUUGAAUUCGAAAUUUGUUAUUAUAUUAUUAUUCAUUAGGAUAGUGCAAUGCAACAAAAAAGUCUGUGAUUUGUUAGGUUCUAACAAUAAAAUAAAUAU